AUGGAAGCGGACGGCCCGAAGUCGAAGCCGCCGGUUCGCGGCAAGACGUCGCCGUACGGAUUCUUCGUGAAGAUGUGCUACGAGGAGCACAAGAAGAAGUACCCCAACGACAAGGUCGAGGUCACCGAGAUAGCCAAGCGGUGCAGCGAGAAAUGGAAGACGAUGAGCGAGGAGGAGAAGCGCCGUUUCUACGAGCUGGCCCACAAGGACUCGGAUCGUUAUCAUGCUGAGGUCGCCGCCUACGCCGAGGAGGACCAGUCGCGCAAGCGGAAGCGUGCCAAGCGCGACCCGAACGCGCCAAAGCGCCCGCUCUCCGCCUUCUUCCUUUUCUCGCAGGAGCGCCGGCCGCAAGUCGUCGCCGAGCACCCCGAGUACUCCGUGAUGCAGGUCGCCAAAACACUCGGUGGUGUCUGGGGCACGAUGGGACCCGAGGACCGCGAGCCGUACGAUCAACGCGCCCAGAAUGACAAGCGCCGCUACGAGCUCGAGAUGGCCGAAUAUAACCGAACCCGGGCCCAAUCGCCGAAUGUUGAUGUCGUUCAUAAUUACCGCGCCGGCCCUCCCCUCAAGCAGCAGCAAAACCUCCACCAAAUCCUGACGCCCAGCCUC